AAAGACAAAAAAUAAAAGAGAAAAACAUUUUAUUUUGCACCCUCCACGCUGAUGAGCACUACCAAAACGUUAGCGCCCACGUGUAUUCUAGAAACUGCUGGCUGGUCCUGCCACGUGUCGCUUUUGUUGCCUAUAAAUUGGGGUCUCUCCCUUAUGUUCUAAGUUUCAAGCGCCGCCACCAUAGUUGUUCCUUGUGUUGGAUAAACCAGAGAUAGAGAUCCCCAUCUCCAUUGUAGUAACAGUAGAAAUCUUAUCUUAGAAAGAUGGCAUCGGAGCUUCAAUUGCCACCGGGAUUCAGAUUCCAUCCGACGGACGAGGAACUCGUGAUGCACUACCUCUGCCGCAAAUGCGCGUCGCAACCCAUCGCCGUUCCCAUCAUCGCCGAAAUCGACCUCUACAAGUACGAUCCUUGGGACCUACCAGGAUUAGCUACCUACGGAGAGAAGGAAUGGUACUUCUUCUCACCCCGGGACCGGAAAUACCCGAACGGUUCGAGGCCGAACCGUGCGGCAGGAACCGGUUACUGGAAGGCAACCGGUGCGGAUAAACCCAUUGGUAACCCGAAACCGGUUGGGAUAAAAAAGGCUUUGGUGUUUUACUCAGGGAAAGCUCCGAAAGGGGACAAAACGAAUUGGAUCAUGCACGAGUAUCGUCUCGCCGAUGUAGAUCGUUCCGUUCGCAAAAAGAACAGCCUAAGGCUGGAUGACUGGGUGCUUUGCCGUAUUUACAAUAAGAAGGGCACAAUCGAGAAACAGCCAAGCAACGAUGCUGUUAGCCGGAAAACAGAAUCCUCGGAAAUCGAAGAUAAGAAGCCGGAGAUUUUAACGCGUAGCGGCGCUUUCCCGCCGCCACCUCCGCCGCAAGCCACGGCGGCGAUGACGGAUUACUUGUACUUCGAUCCUUCGGAUUCAAUUCCGAAGCUGCACACGGACUCGAGCUGUUCGGAGCAGGUGGUUUCGCCGGAGCUCGCGAGCGAGGUGCAGAGCGAGCCCAAGUGGAGCGAGUGGGAGAAGAACCUCGAAUUUUCGUAUAAUUACGUUGAUGCCACUCUCAACAAUGGCUUCGGGAAUCACAUGUCGCCGUUACAGGACAUGUUCAUGUACUACACCAAGCCCUAUUGAGAAUUGCGCAAUUCUACGACGCCCGGAAUGCCACGUGAUUGCAUCGCACGGUAGCACGAGACUGAAGGUCUAUGAAUGCGCCUGUGCCGCUGCAUAGAUGAUUGUUGAUUAAUUUAGCUAGGGCAAAGAAAAAUCUGGAGAGGGAAGGGAACACCAAAAAUAAUUCAAAAAAAAAAAAACACAUUGAAGCUGGGAAAUGCAUGUGUUGGGUCCACCAUUGUGCACCGGUUGUUUUGUUCGUCGCUAUAUGAUGAGGACGAUCCAACGGUGCAUAUACGUCUUGUCCCGUAUAACUAGUGUAGAUUGUAGAUAAGGUACACUACACACGUUGUUACGUGAUAGAAGGUCAAUUUGGACCUUGUAAUUAAUAUUUGUUGAAUUAUUAUUAGUACGUGUUACAUUAAGUAGGUGUGUCUUUCUCUUUACUUAUUUUUUAGGUCUUUUUAUACUCAGAAUCGGGAUAUCCUACCAUGUUUACUUUCUGUUUUUAUAUUUUUAGUUUAUUCUGUAAUGCAAUUAAUAGUUAUAACUAGUUUUUAUUUUCUUUAUUCAAAUUAGCUAAUGCAAUUUCUCUCGGCUCAGGUUAUUGAAUUUGUGAAAAAAUAAAAUAGUCCUACACGACAAAGAUGAAUAAUUUAAAUAUUCUUUGAUUAAAUGUAUAAUAGUUUUACCUAUUCUGGAACCGAAAUAAGGCAUUUUAUUAAGGGGGAUCCAAAAUACUCCUUAUGACCCAAGUUAUAAAGAAAACCAGAAACCUCUUUUAAGAGUUCAUCCGAAUUGUUCAAAGCAAAUGAGUUAAUCCCAUGUUCGGGAGGAGUCUGUUUUGAUGAGGGCGAAAUGUUCCUCAUAUUUUAUAAAUUAGAGUCAUGCUUAGAUCAAUUACUUUAAUUAUUAAACUGACCACGUACAUCAUAUCUAUAAAAUUUCAAAUAAAUUUAAAAUUUAAUGUCAUUGAACUAUAUCUAAAUAGAUAUUAUAUAUACUUUGAAAUUUAUGUAGCAGUAUUAAAAUUUUAUAACAUUUGAUUCAAAUAAUUAAGACAGUCAAUAAUUAUAAUUUAGUAGUUAAUAAAACUUUUUUUUGUCAACUCUUUGCCUGAUGCUUACGUCACGUGUGUGUAUGUACAGAUAUAUGGUUGGAUGAACCGGGAGUUUAACGAAAAUUGGGCUCUGUAAGCCCAUUGUUUUCAAUUUGUUAGAAUUGAAGUUGAAAGACGAACAAACAAUGGGCCGAACACUCAAUUCGGGUUACGAUUAUCGGGAAGGGAAUAUAUGAAUUAACAAUGC